AUGGAAGAUCCAGUCUUCACUGACAUCAGUGAAAAUGCUAACAGCACCACUGUCUCUGAGGUUUCAGAUUCUGAGGAAAAUAAAGGGGGUGAUCUUUUUGAUCAUGUCCAUGAAGAUUCAGCAUCCCCUUUUUCCAUUACUAAUACCCCAGAAAACAUGGAUGGUAGUAAGGAGAAUUCAGAAGAUAGCUGUAAUGAUUCUGUGGCCUCUCAGCAUGGAAGUGAUGGAGAAGAUGAUUCUUCAUCUCACCAUGGUGCUGAAGAAGACUACCCACAGCAGCAGAUGGAUCUGAUGAGCCCAAUUCUGGAAGACAAAGAUGAAGAGGGCUCAAUGUUUGAGAGCAACCAGCAUUUUCCUCCAGAUUUCCAGUUUCGUCAGAGACAGAGCACUUUUACCAACUCUUCAACUUCCCUCAAGUUUCCCCUUAACAAUAACUCUGGAGAAACUAACAACUUCCAGGAAGAUUUUGAGAUUUCUGUUUUUGUAAAGGCUGGUAUAGAUGGAGAAAGCAUUGGGAAUUGCCCAUUCUCCCAGCGUCUCUUCAUGAUCCUGUGGCUCAAAGGAGUUGUGUUCAAUGUCACCACUGUUGAUCUGAAAAGAAAGCCAGCUGACCUGCACAAUCUGGCUCCUGGGACCCACCCACCUUUCCUGACAUUUAAUGGGGAAGUCAAGACAGAUGUUAACAAGAUUGAGGAAUUCUUGGAAGAGAUUCUUGCACCUCCAAAGUACCCCAAGCUGGCUGCUAAGCACCGGGAAUCAAACACUGCUGGAAUCGAUAUCUUUUCCAAAUUUUCUGCAUACAUCAAAAACACCAAGCAGCAGGAUAAUGCUGCACUUGAAAGGGGCUUAGUGAAGGCUCUGAAGAAGCUGGAUGACUACCUGAGAACUCCCCUGCCAGAGGAGAUUGAUGCAGACAGCACUGAAGAGGAAAAAGUGUCUAAACGCAAGUUUCUGGAUGGAGAUGACCUGACGCUUGCUGACUGCAACCUUCUGCCCAAACUCCACGUUGUGAAGAUUGUUGCAAAGAAAUACCGCAACUUCGAGUUCCCGGCGGAGAUGACGGGGCUGUGGCGGUACCUGAAGAACGCGUACAGCAGGGAUGAGUUCACCAACACCUGUGCAGCAGACAAAGAAAUCGAGCAAGCCUACGCAGAUGUGGCCAAGAGGCUCAGCAAGUCCUAACUGCCCCCAGCCAUGGCUCAGUAUCCCCUUUUACAGACUCUGCUCCUUGUUGCCUUAAGAUGUACUUUAUCGUUACGCUGUCUGGUUGGCAUCUUUGUGACUUCCCUUGUUCCAAGUGUAUUGGGCAGGGACAAAUCUGCCUCUCCCUGGGGAAAAGGGAAGGCAGCUGUGGUAGGGUGGGGGGUGGGGAAUGGAGGUGGGGGUAGAGGUGGACACCCUUUGAAGUCUAACCCAAGAUCUGGCCCAACUAGUAUUAUUUGCAAUCAGUAUUGGAAAUGAGUCCGCUUGACUAGUUCCUUGUUCUGUGUUGGGGGUACAUCAUGACCUGCAUCCUUUAGAGUUUUAAAAAUAGCUGAAAUUUCAGGUAAGAGAGUUAGGAACGCAUAGAACUUGGUGGUUUAUCUGGAUUAUGGUUCUUCUCUAGAUUAUUUCAAGGAGGCUUUUUCCUUCAGUUCUAUUAAGAUCCUUGAGGCAAUAACAAAAUUUAGGAGAGAGAGAGGGGAAAAAUAGGAGUUUGACCCUAAAGCAGAAAUGCUCUUAGCAGUUAUAUUUAAAUAAACUCUCUGAAUGCAUCUUCUGUCUUAGCAGGCCCAGGAGUUUAUAGGGUAUUUAUUUUUAACUUGGUGCAAGAGGGGGAAGCCUGAGUGAAUAUGUCAGACUUGCAGAUGCUACUCUGCAUAAAAUUUGCAUGGUGUUGUUGGAUCUGAAUGUUUAAAGCAAGAGAAUGAAAGAGCAAUUGAGCAGGCAGCCCUUGGAAGAGCAGGGCCUGUGCCAGAAUGCCCAGUGGAUCUGUUGGUUGGUAGAUACAGACAGACACAGCAAUAACAGGGGCAGCAGAUUGACUCCAGCACCCACAGAGGGAAUUGGCACAGCAAACCAAACCACGCAGGAUAUUGUCAUCUUGGCUGUAUGGUUGCCAGCUCCUCUAUAAUUGCUAUCUUGGGAAGCUUGGAUCAGCAGUGGGAAGCUGUCGCUGCACUCGGAUUCCAGGCAGGGGAAGCGCUUUCGUCGCCUUGGGCUCCAGAUGGGUCACUUGCAAGUGCUCAGCAUCUCACCCCAGGAGGAGCUUGCUGUGAGAGCCUCAGAGAGGGCAGGCUGGCACAGUGAGAGGCAUCUUUCCAGCCAGGAAUUCAGCAAGUGUGCUAGCAGAAAUCCCUGCAUGUUGCCUCAAUCCCACUCAUCCAGGCCUUACCCAGCCAGGUUCCACAAUUCUGAAUUAGGCAUUUUUUCCUAAAAGAGAUUAUUUUGCUCUGUCUGCAGUGUCUGCCUGGCAAAUCUGCUUACACUGGUGAUUAUUUGCACAUUUUUUCAGCAGAUUCAGAAUGGCAGCUCUUUCACUUGAAACUCAUGUGUUCCAGUACGUACAGGAGAGCACAUGGUUCAUGGGUUUCAGUUUGUGGAGGGAUUUAUUGCUGUUUUAAAAAUAAAAUAAAGCUGAGCUGUAACCUGAUGUGGCUCCCCUUCUGAUCAGAGCUGCUAAAGCUGCACUGAUUUGAGGGGAACCCCAAGCUCGUGAGCUGUGACCAAGGGGAACCUCACAGCAGAAAUGUUUGCAGUGAGAGAGCUGGGAAAGUGGAACAACAUCGAAAGCCAGGCUGUGCUGUAUGAUGCUGAUGACAAUCUGAAACCAUCUUUUUGCUUUAGUGGGAUAAUUCCACUUUUCACACUAACCCAGCUGGGAGCAGAAUGUUGCUCAUUGACUGAAGAGAGUUUGUGGUUGACUAUUGUUUCACAUGCAAUGGUCAAUUUGUUCUGAGCUUUCAAAACCUUGGAAGAAAAUCCAUGAACUCCCAAGACUUCUCCUAGAAUGGGCUAUUUUAGCAGUGGCUAGACUGGAGGGCAAAGGCUGGCACUCCUUAAAAUAUUGCUGAGAAAUCAGCUUUCUCAGAGAACACUAAUAGCAGCCAGAAAAAUCUGAUGAGAUUAGAAGUAUCUGCA